CAUGUAAACAAGCUUAUUCUUUCAGCAUAAGUUGAAAGUUCUUCUCAACAUUGCAGCAGAAUAAUUAGAAUUUUAAUUUUUCUGUGUAGGGUACUUUCUUUACAUUUCCUUGUGCUGUUUUAACAAACAUAAUAUAGUGUGGACUUCUAAUAUUGAUAAUAAUAUGUAUUGCAGAUGGAAAAUGAUACUAAGAACUACCUGAAACAUAAAAUGGGCUUCAGUAAGAAGAUACUUUUGACAGAUGAAUUUCAUUGUCAGGAGGAUCGCAAAAGACGAAUGCCAGAUGCUACAUCUUCUAGAAGAGUGUUUCUUAAAAGGCAAAGGACUGAACUUGUCGCAGAUAGUCUGCAAGUUCAAAGUGCUACUAAAACUCAUGCUGAAAGAUCUCAAAAACAUGAUGAGUUGAAACAAAAAGUUAUCGAGCCUGAAGAAUUUCCAAAAACUCAAGACAAAGAAACAAUCACUGACCCUAUCAUAAAUAUAGACACAAGUCUAUUCAUACAACAAAAUUUAUUAAGCAUUAUAGCUGUACAAACGAGAUAGCAAAAUAAAAAUAUAUCCACCUCGCCGUUUAAAGUUA